CAAAGCGACUCCAAGAUGAAGCCAGCUGCCCUUUUGAUCCUUGCAAUUUGCACGGUAUUCAGCACAAGCAUGAAGUUGAUAUCUAAGAGAAAUUCGGUGGAUGGCUGCAUCGACUGGUUGGUGGAUCUCAAGAAAUACAUGGCCCUGGCAGGUGAGCCGGUCCGAGUGAAGUGCGCCCUUUUCUACAGUUACAUUCGGACGAACUACAGCAUGGCUCAGAGUACAGGCCUCCGGCUGAUGUGGUACAAGAACAAAGGUGACUUGGAAGAACCGAUUAUUUUCUCGGAAGUCAGGAUGAGCAAAGAUGAAGACUCAAUAUGGUUCCAUGCGGCGGAGGUUCAAGACAGUGGAUUCUACACCUGCGUGCUAAGAAACUCAACAUAUUGCAUGAAGGUGUCAAUGUCCUUGACCGUUGCUGAAAAUGAAUCAGGGCUUUGCUACAACAGCACCAUCCGCUACUUAGAAAAAUCGGAGAUCACUAGAACCAAGGUCAUUUCCUGUCCCGAUAUUGAGGAUUAUAAAACAGGAAACGAAGAACCAGAUGUCAUAUGGUACAAGGAGUGUAAGCCUAAAAUGUGGAGAAGUGUAGUCGUUCAAAAAGAAAACACUCUCUUAAUACAAGAUGUUCAAGAAGAUGAUGGUGGGAAUUACACUUGCGAGCUGAAGUUUGAAGGAAAGCUAAUAAGACGAACUACAGAGCUGAAAGUUACAGCUCUCGUCACCAAGAGACCUCCUCAGCCGUUGUACCCUUUGGAAAACCAGACAAGCAUUAUCGAAGUCCAGUUGGGUCAGCCACUAAAUGUUGCCUGCAAGGCGUUUUUUGGGUUUAGUGGAGAGUCGGGUCCCAUGAUCUACUGGACACGAGGAGAGAGAUUUAUUGAAGAGCUGGAGAAUCACAUUAAAGAAGGCGAAAUCAGGCUUCUCAAAGAGCAUCUUGGAGAAAAAAUAGUGGAGUUAAUGCUGAUCUUCGAUGUCGUGAAGGAAGCAGACCUAGCCAAUUAUACGUGCCAUGUAGAAAACAGGAAUGGGCGGAAACAUGCGAGCAUCAUUCUGCGUAAAAAAGACCUGAUCUCCAAAAUCGAACUUGCAGGAGGUUUGGGGGCCAUCUUUCUCUUACUGGUUCUACUUAUUACCAUCUACAAAUGCUACAACAUCGAGCUGAUGCUAUGCUACAGACAAGCCUUCGGGGCUGACGAAACAAUGGAUGACAAUAAGGAGUAUGACGCCUAUCUCUCUUACACCAAAGUGGAUCCGGACACGCUGGACUGCGACAACAGUGAAGAGGAACAAUUUGCCCUCAAAAUCUUGCCAGACGUUCUUGAGAAGCAUUACGGAUACAAGCUCUUCAUUCCAGAGAGAGACCUGAUUCCGACUGGAACAUACCUUGAAGAUCUCACAAGAUGCGUAGAACAAAGCCGAAGACUCAUUAUCGUCCUAACACCAGACUAUGUACUCAGGAGAGGGUGGAGUAUUUUUGAGAUGGAAAACAGACUCCAUAACAUACUCGUCAGUGGAGAAAUCAAAGUGAUUUUCAUUGAGUGCCCAGAAUUAAGAGGCAAGAUUAAUUACCAAGAGGUAGACUCUUUAAAGCACACCGUUAAACUCUUCUCAGUCGUCAAAUGGAAUGGGCCAAGAAGCAGCAAACUGAAUUCUAAGUUUUGGAAGCGGUUGCUCUAUGAAAUGCCUGCCAAGAAGAAAGAGGUGUUAUCUCGGCGUCAAGUCUUAGAUUCUGCCGAACAGGGUCUUUUUGGGGAUCUUCAAACGGUGCCUUCCAUUGCUGUGACAGAUACCUCAGCCACUUUGAUUGCAUCUCAGGCAGAUCUGGGUGAUUAUCAACAACCAGAUUCGGUGCAAACGAGACAUUACUGCAGAGGCUAUGAGUACGAUCUCCAGUCGGCAACCUUGCCGUUAGCUGCCAUAAGCAGUAAUCACCACACUUACUGUAACAUACCCCUGACACUGCUUAAUGGGCAGCUACCUCUUAACAGCAGCAUGAAGGAUGCUCAAGAAUUUCACAGAAACCCCUUGCUACCAUUGUCAACAAGGGAGCUUAGUUUCACUAGUGACAUAUGGUAGCGAAGUACUCAAGCAUUACAACGCUGGCUUGUUGAACGUCAAUGAGACAGACCCUUAAAAGAUGUUGAACCCAUGACAUCAGGUGCCAAAAACGUUUUGCCAAGUCACAAGCCACUCACUUUUAUACUUGAACCUCUUUGUUUACAUUUCAGGAAUUAUUAGCAAGGGAGAACCUACUUUUGUAGCUCACGAAUAAGUUCGUACCUUUUAAUGUACAGUUUUAUUGCUUCUUUAUAAAAAAGAGAGAGAAAGGGUACUGAAGAGUAUUUUGAAGUAGGCUUUGCAAUCUGAUAAUGGAUUGAUAUUCAAUGGUACAUAUGAUAGAUUAAGACUCCAUAUUUAUAUAUAUACAUAUAUAUAUAUUAGUACUUUAAAUGGAUUUCUUUUUUCUCAAAAACGAACGUUAGAUAGCAACAACACAAGUCACACACCUGACCCACAACAAGCUGCAAAAAGGGAUACUUUCAUUUCAAAUCAUGCCUGAAGGACCCAUUCUUCUAAAGGACAUAUAUCUCUAUACUCUUAGGAUAUGUUUCCCAUAAGAGUCUCGCCUGUACAAUAUGGAUAAUGGGCCAGGUGAACCUUCCGAAGGGUGAGAGACUAGUUUUUACUCAACAAUUUCUGCCAUUGGGCAAUCCAUUACCCACUUAAUGUGAUUCAUCCUUUUGUUCUCAAUAUAUUUCUUAAUUCUACCUGACAUUGUGUUUUUCUUAAAACAAAGUUCUUAGCAAGUUUGACAGCAGUUUAGUUUCUGUAGAUUUCCAAGCUUGGUUAAAACUGGCUUUGUGGGUUUCUAAAGACUUGUUUUAUUUUUUUUUUUUUUCAUUUUAUGUACUGACCGGAUUGUCUCGUUAUUUAACUGAUCAUUGAUUUGAGCAUUUCUUAAACUUCCUGACCUUGUAAGAUUUCUAUUAAUGGUAAUGUAAACUUUGCACAGAGUUAUGAUUAUGAUUAUAUAUUUUCAUUUUCCAGAUUUUAAUCAUGUUACAACUUACAGAUUGAUAUUUGACAGACAAUGUUGGCAAUAGAAAAAAAAAGAAAUACAGCAAUACUCACAAACAAAAAAUGCUGAAUUUCUUGGAUUAUCGGUAAUAUUAAUUUAAUGGCUUUGAUAAUCAUCUAAAAGAGCAGGAAGCAUUUACACCCUCUAGGUAUACUUCA